GUGCGUGUGUAUGUGUUUGUUUGUGUCUGUGAAAAGGUUCAAAUAAAGGUCCAACUUAAAUACAAAAGAGGCAGACUGAGACGGCAAGAGAAGAGAGAAAUAAUCUCCCAGUCCCACUUGUUCUUUCACAACAGUCCCAACCCUGGAGGGGUUAACACCAGCCAUGGUUCCGAGCUCUGAGUAGCAGACUAGAGAGGAAAACAAUUUAAGGAACAAGUGCUUAUCUCCUAACUGAGGAAAGCCCAGCAUUACAUCAGAUUUUGAAGUACGAGAAAGCAAGGAAGAGAGCGAGUGAGAGCUGGCAUUAAGCAGUCCCAUCGCAGUGUGUAUGUACGUCUCAUUUCCAGUCCAACUUUGGUUGUCAUGAGGAGGAUUCUGGUCAGAUCUACCCAGGGGAGAGAGCUCCUCCUGGGGCAGAGAGGCAGACAAGCCCCAGCUCCUGGCAUUGGAGCCUUCCACCUGCACCACACCUGCUCAGCGCUGGUCUACAGACACCAUGGAGACCUGCUGGAUUUGGUCAGGAUGGAGCAGAUGUCUCUUCCUGCCCUGGGGCCUCAUAGCAUCAGACUGAAGAUGCUGGCAGCUCCUAUCAACCCUGCAGACAUUAACAUGCUGCAAGGCACCUACCCCAUCAGGCCCCCCCUUCCCUCUGUGGGGGGAAAUGAGGGGGUGGGGGAGGUGGGGAGUGAUGUCAUCAAUCUGCGACCGGGAAACUGGGCCAUUCCCUGGGAUGCCGGGUUUGGUACGUGGAGGACGGAGGUGUUGUGUGAGGAGGAGGAUCUCCUCCAGGUGCCCAGACAGCUGUCAGUCCUGGAGGCCGCCACAGUGGCAGUGAACCCCUGCACUGCCUACCGCAUGCUGCACGACGUCACCCAGCUCCCUCCAGGCUCCUGUGUGAUCCAGAAUGGGGCCAACAGUGCUGUCGGUCAGGCAGUGAUCCAGAUAGCUGCAACUCUGGGGCUGAAGACCAUCAACAUCAUCAGAGACAGAGCCAAUCAGCAGGAGGUGAAGGAGGAGCUUAAGCAUAUGGGGGCAGACCUGGUUGUCACAGAGGAGGAGCUAUGUAUUGGGCGGCGCCAGGCUUUAGAGGGUCUGCCUCGACCAGUCCUGGGGCUGAACUGUGUGGGGGGGCGGAGCGGUGGGCUGGUCCUCGCCCAGCUAAGAGAGGGCGCUACCAUGGUAACCUAUGGAGGGAUGUCCAGGAAACCUCUCCUGGUACCUGCUGGCUGUCUGAUCUUCAACAACCUCAAGCUCCGCGGCUUCUGGAUGACACAGUGGAAGAGGGACAACAGACAUGAUAUGAUGCGUCUUCAGAACAUGGUGACAACAGUGUGUGGUCUACUGCUUAGUGGCAAGCUCCGCCCCCCUCGCUGUGUUCCGGUGCCUUUCAGCCAAUACAAACAAGCCCUCCAGGCAACCAGUCACGCCCACUCCAGAAAGCAUGUGUUAAUGAUGUAGACCAGGGGUUUUCAACUGGUUUUGUCCCAGGGUCCAUCGUUCUUACUAGAAGAUAGUCCGUAGCCCACUGAUGUGCCUGCGUGCGCCUACAUGUGUGUGUGUCUGUGUGUGUGUGUGUGUGUGCGUGUCUGCAUGUGGAUAGAAGGACGUUUUAACAUUUUGUUUUCCAUGUAGCUUUUAUAUAAAAACCUUAAACAAAUCUAGAUAUAUCUACUUAAAAACCUCAAACAUUAUACAUAGAAUCUGAAAAAUUGAAAUAUGUGUAUGUGAGAUUCUGAACAAUUCUGAAAAAUAUGUGUAAAAACAACAAAAACUUUUGAUUUUCAGUGCUUAAGAAUUGAAAACUAUUAAACUACUAUUAAAUUAUAUUGCAGUUUGUAGUUGUACAGUAGUUGUUGUUCUAGCCCCAAACUGGUUUCAUCAUCUUUAUAUUAUUUUAGACAUUUCUUAUUUUAGGUAUUUUUCCCCAUAUUCAAGAGUAAUCUGGAAAUGUGUUGAAAUAUCAAAGCAAAUUUAUAAAAAUAAAAAAAACAAUGGUGGACUGAUAGGCUUGUGUCGCGGACCCCCUGCAAUGCCGCCGUGGACCACCAGGGAACAGCGGACCCCCGGUUGAAAACCCCUGAUGUAGACAACACACACACACACUCCAGACUCAACACCACAACAAUCAUUUCAUGCUUUCUUUAUUUACAGGGAGUUUAGUGGUUAUUCAGAAGCUGCAGGACAGUCAUAAGAUUACUGACCCAGCUAUGUUCACAGUAGACAGGACAGGAGAGGAAUAGUUGGUCAAAUCAACAUGUUACAGAGAGUUCAUUCAUCUUUUGUAUCGCUCUCAUCUAAUUGGUCUUGGUAAUAAAGAGAUGCUGUGAGCUGUAGUACAGUGGUCUUUCCUUUCCUGAUGCUGGCUGAACAUGCUACACAAACACAAGAUUACAUAUCGCUUAUUAAACACUUUGAGUCCUUCUGUCUCCACCACAAUGAAUGGCAGUGUCAGUGUGUGUGUGUCUGUCAGUGUGUGUACCGAGGGGGGCUUUGAACCCUGGACAACAACAACAUAUCAACAUUAGUGUUCUCUAGAGAUUACCCAGGGUUCUGCUUUAUGUUGACCAACAGGUCGACUUAUCAGUCAACAUCUGAUCUUUAGUCUGACAUUAAAAUACUAUGUGCUGUAGCCAGAUAGCUA